CUCACGAUACUCGACACUAGAUCCUCCUGGCAGAUCUUGAAAGCUCCUUAAUUCGCAAAAUACACCAGACAAACCCAAUUGCUCUCAAGAUGAAGAUCACAUCCGCCUUGGCAACGCUCUUCGCCCUCGCGGCCGCGACCCCGACGCCCACCGUCGACAACGUCGCCGACAAGGCCCACCUUGUGAAGCGUGCCUCUGUCUCCGACAAGGCGACAAUUGGCUAUGCCACCCUGAACGGGGGAACUUCUGGAGGAUCCGGCGGCACCGUCACCACUGUCUCGUCCCUCGCCGAGUUCACCGCGGCCGUGAACGAGAAGGACACCACGCCCAGGGUCGUUGUUGUCAAGGGCAUCAUCAAGGGCACUGCCAAUGUCCGCAUCGGCAGCAACAAAUCUGUCAUUGGUCUUCCUGGCGGAGGAUUUGAGGGCAUUGGUCUGCAUGUUCGUCGGCAGUCGAACGUCAUCAUUCGCAACAUCAAGUCUUCUUUCGUCCUGGCUUCCACAGGUGACGGUGUCAAGAUUGAGCAAAGCACCAACGUGUGGAUCGACCACAGCGAGUUCAGCUCGGCCCUUGUCGCCGACAAGGACUACUACGACGGCCAAGUGGAUGCCUCCCACGGAGCCGACUACAUCACCAUUUCUUACACCUACUUCCAUGACCACUGGAAGACUUCCUUGAUUGGACACAGCGAGAACAACGGCGCCGUGGACAGCGGCCACCUCCGCAUCACCUACGCCAACAACUACUGGGCCAACUUUGGCUCCCGCGGCCCGUCCCUGCGGUUCGGCACCGGUCACAUCUACAACUCUUACUACCUCAACGGCAACUCUGCCAUCAACACCCGCCAGAACGCCCAGGUCCUCGUCCAGAGCACCGUCUUCAAGAACGUGACCGUCCCCAUCACUUCCCAAGACUCCGAUAUUGUCGGCUACGCCGUGUCCAUCGGAAACGACCUUGGCGGUGCUGCCAACCUCGCUCCCGUCGGCACGCUGAACGCCAACUCUCCCCCGUACUCUUACACGCUUCUCGGCUCUGCCAACGUUGCCGCUACUGUUCCUGGACAGGCUGGCCAGAAGCUAACCUUUUAAUUCGCUGCCGUCAUGGCGGGUUACGAGAGACGAUGCUAUUGGUCUGAGAGUUUGAAGUAGAACUCUGAUACGCAAGAGGUAGUGGAGGAACCAACCCCUGUACAUAUUCGAUCUUGAACCGGCUCCAGACUCUCAUGGGUCGAGGCCUCGAGACAAGAGACUGCACAAAUACUUUCGUACAUUUGAAUACAUGAAUUGACAUGAAACCUCAUGAAUUACCUUUACGAGUAAUAUAUCUCACUUAAAGCUCCCGUCGUUUGAGACACUUGGGAAAAGAAUGGCAUCGGGAAAGUGAAUCUGGUUCUGCGAAGACAACGACCGCAGUGAUUGUUCUUUCAAAAUGACUGGCUGCUCACAUUUGAUGACGAUUUACUGGUGCUGCUAAAGACAGGUAUAAAGAUCGAGGGGUGUUUCCAGCAUCAACUGCUCUCGUCAAUACCGCGCUUGACUGCAUGUCUAUGCCACUCCUCGCACGAUGCGGAAAACGGGCUUAGUCCAUAUGCUAAACCCAUGAAGAUGCGAGACCACAUUGCUCCUGCAACACAAAUCAGGCACGCAGAUCAAUGUGCUCCAAGGCAACCUCAUAUAGCUCUGUCUCGAAUCAACGUAGGCCGUGGCUAUACUUCGCACUCAUGACUUGUUCUGCUUCAUCCAUGUCGUAACUCCCAGUCGGACAUGCCUCUAUCAUGACGUUUGGGAACAAUAACGUUCUUCGC